AUGACAGAGAAGAUGAGCGAGGAUGGUUCGCUGUCUUCGAGCCUCUCUCAGUCUUCCGCCGAUAGUAUCAUUCUCAGUCCAAUGUCCAUUGAGUCAGAGAGCCGGUUACUCAAAUCACCAUCCGAGAUUCUACAUCGCGUGCUAUGCACUUCUGGUGCGGACGACCCUUUUGCGAUCGCUCAAGCUGCCAAAACUUGCUCCCAGCUGAGAUCUUUCAUUUACGAUAAUCCCGACUCUGCUUUAUGGCGUGACAUCUAUCUCCAGCGAUACGACGAUCCCAAACGGGCAGGUGCAUUCUGCUCUCCUAGACCACCGCCAAACUGGCGCAAACAGGUUCAAGAUAGAGAGCUCGUCAGUCGUAUGCUGAGAACCUGGGACAAGGACGAUCUAGUCUCACAUCUCGAUUUAAUCGCUUCGACUCUUCUGGAUUUGUAUCUCGACUUGCCAGCGACCACGGCGCCUUCUUCAUCAGACGAGGAUCCACUGGAAACGGAUGAAAGUCCGAAUGGCAUACUGCUAUCGUCGUUGCUCCAGUCCGAAGGUUUUCGGGAUCUUUACUUUGAACACUCGACAACGGAAACCAAACCGCUCUUGAGACCGCUGCGUGCUCAACCUGGUAAUCCGAAUAGACAGGUACAGCGACGUGCUGUCAAUGCCGACCUGAUGCGUCUGCAUGUCCUUCUCAGCCCUGAUUUCAGCGACGAGGAAGUCCACAGGCAACAGCGGGGAUGGCUCAGGGAGAUGGUAUACGGCGCGUCAAACUAUUCGGUGGAGAAUGAUUGGGGCCCGUUCAAUCCGGACGGGACCGUAGACUGGACAUUAGUAGAUGCAGUCGGUUCUGUCAUGAUGGGCAACGCCAAGGACGUCCUGUUCAUGGGUGAAGAUACCUGGCGACAAGCUCUGCCUCCAAUGUCAUAUGGUAUAGAGCCGACGCGGGGCUGGGGUUUUAACGAUUUGUCAAAUGUCGAGGAUUGGGCUGGUGUCGAAGGCGUCUGGUGCGGUUCAUAUGCAUUCUUAGACUUGGCUGACCUCAGCUAUACCGAUUGGAUCACACUCAACGAACCGGGACUGAUCCAACUGAGACGAUCGCUGAAUACAUUGGACUUAACACGAUACCACGAGGCCGUGGGGGACCUUAUGCGACUGGAACUCGUCAUCGAUAGGGAGGGCUAUAAGCCGGAGCCGAUGCCUCGAAUAGAGACCAAUCUACCGACGUCAUCACUCCUCCCUCCCAUAUACUUUCACGGAUCAUCUGUCCAGCAGAGCAGUGCCAUCACUUUUGCUUCAAACUCGUCGGCAAGCUUUGUCCGUGGUGUCGUGCAACUCACGGCGGAUGAUCCACCACAGGUCAGAUGGACAUUGGUCAUACGCUAUGGUGGGGAAGAUCGUUGGAGGCUGGAGUGUGUACAAGUCGGCGGACGCGGCUCCAAGAGAGGUUUCUUUGGGAUCUGGACAGACGCGCUUAAAGAGGAGCAUUCGCCAAAUGGUCCAGUCUGGUACUGGAAACCAUGA